CAGCCAGAUCAGCAUAUCAAAGUAGCGAGCAAGUGUAGUUUGGUGUGGAACGAGAACUUUGGGGACAAUCGGAUGCUGUGCGUGAAACGUGAUGACGUGAAGUACUGGAGUUGCCCAUUUCGGAUUGACCUGAUUAGCUCUUUCCACGUUACUAUGAGAGAUGCCGAUGAAACACCGCGGUUUCUUCGGGUUGAGGUGAUACUUAACAGCGCUAUAUUUUACAUAACGUUCACGGAUGCUCGCUAUUAUCCUCCACCAAUACAGCUGGAAAAUCUCUCUGAUGUGCCUGUUUUGUAUCAGCAAAAGAUUGACAGCAUAUAUGAAAUUUCCAGCAGAUAUCUCGGACUGAGCAGCUCGCAUCUACGGACGAUUUGUAAAGCGAGAAGUACGGUGGAUUAUGCAUGGGAUGAUCCGUACGGGAAUAAACUAUUGGUUCUUCAAGUGUUCGAAAAUAAAUCGAACUGCUACGAUCCUCAGAAGCCUGGAAUGGGACCUCCGCUGGUGUACACGAAUGACCUAGACGAAGGAUUUGAUGGAGUGGAAGGCUGCAUUUCUCAGCUGAAAGACAAAGAUUUGAAUUUACGAAGGGGAAAACCAAUCACUGCUCUGUUCAGUCAUUUGCUUCCGCGGAAACCGGGAUAUGGCUUUACGGACGAGUUUGAGUUGGCGCUGGAAGUGAUGCAAAAGGGGAAAGUAAUGCUGAACAAGUUGAAUCUUAGUGACAGCAGUCGCAGUCAGUUAUGGCGCUUCGCAUCCGACGGUUGCCUGGAGAAUAUUGGAAUGAAUAAUCGUGCAAGACCUGGCGAGCGUUAUGUUCUUGAUGUGCUGGACAGUGGUGGCUUUGAAAGGCAGCUGCGUUGUAAAAUAGAAGGAAUGUUUGUUGAAGCGCGCAAAACAGAAGUGGUACUUGCUGCCCCGAACAAGAAUUCGCCUCGAAGUAGGAAUGGAGUGCCUGUCGAGCAGGUCUGGGAGCUACAGUCGCAACGACCAGGCAGUGGCAUUUUGGACGUUGAAUGCUUGUACAGAGGACCUACCCUGGUUGUUCGGAUAACUGAUAGAGCGAAACCUUAUCGAGCAGUGCAGCGGUUUCAUCAGGCACCGGAGUUACUGCUGGCUUGUGCUGCAGCCGCUGCGGAUGGUCCAGGAUGCAGCAAAGUAUGCGACUUCGAAGUGAAUGUCUCGAUGCGCAACGGUAUCGGUCUGUCAUUCAUUAACGGUUUACACGAAGAAUUGAUUUAUGCGAGGUUUCAAGGCAUAGUGCUGCAUGUGAAUCGGCAAGGUCGUACGCAUCAAAUCACAGGCAGUGUUGAAGUUAUUCAGGCUGACAACCAACUGCUGGCGACUGAUCGAUGGCAAGUGCUGUUCUGCCAGCAAGGCGCAGUGAGCAGCGGCGAAUCGGGUCACAGCGAUACGCAAGUUGUAGUGCCGGCGCUGAAGCUCGAAAUGAACUGCACACCGAUGGAACACUACGAUGCCUUCGAUGUACGAUUUUUUUGUUGCUUAGGUCAAUGUUACACGUUUGCCGCCAGUGCAGCAGAAAAUAUUUACUGA